AUGGAACACUAUAAUACUCUUGGUGAAGUUGUCUAUAACGAGAAGGUCAAGCAUUGCCAUUUCAUAGUGAAAAUCAUAAGAAUCUAUACUUUCUAUUCCAAUGUUACCGGCAUAGGACCACUCCAUGUUUAUGUCCUAGCAGAUGAACAUACGGAAGCCCAUUUCGAAGAUCCUGAAGGACCAAAGAUUGUGUUUUACAUAGGGGACAACAUUGAGAGUCAGAUAAAAUGUGUGGCAACUGGGAAACAUGCUUAUGGCUUCCGGGAAGGGUUUGAAAACAUGGGAGGUCAUCGACAAGUGAUUGUGGUCCUUAAGAUAUGGAGGCUUCAGACCGAGGGGGACUUAUCUGACUUCAGGUUCAAUCCGCGCUUGCCGGAGGUAGAGGGGUUCAGAAAAUCGGCUAAUAACAGUGACGCUUAUGUUCAUAAGUACGGAGCUAUAGGGCCUUUGUAA